UGGGUGGAUAACAGUGGGUCAUGUAACUGUGUCUCCCUCUCUCCCUCUGGCUCUUCCUCUGUAUGUCCCCGGGUGUCCCUUCCCUCCUGAGCCCUCAUUCACCCAUCCCUGAGCCCUCCCUGUCCUGUCCCAGCACUCACCUGGCCCUCCCUGACCCUAUUCCACACACCCUCUCCCUCCGUAAGCUGGUCUCUGCCUCUGAGCUCCCCCUUACCGCCCGUCCUAGGCCCCAGGAGCUCACCCUCUGCCUGCCCUGCAGGAUGCUGCAGCUGAGCCUGUCCUGGCUGGGACUGGGGCCACUGGCAGCCUCCCCGUGGCUACUCCUGCUGCUGCUGGGAGCCUCCUGGUUCCUGGCCCGCGUCCUGGCCUGGAUCUAUACCAUCUAUGACAAAUCUCGCCGCCUCCGAUGUUUCCCGCAGCCCCCAAAGCGGAACUGGUUUUGGGGUCACCUGGGCUUGGUCACCCCCACAGAGCAGGGCAUGAGGGACGUAACUCAGCUGGUGGCCACCUACCCCCAGGGAUUUAGGACCUGGCUGGGUCCCAUCUACCCCUUCAUCAUUCUGUGCCACCCUGACAUGGUCCAGGCUCUCACCAACGCCUCAGCUGCUGUGGCCCCCAAGGACAUGGUCUUCUACAACUUUCUGAAGCCCUGGCUGGGGGAUGGGCUUCUGCUGAGUGCCGGUGACAAGUGGAGCCACCACCGCCGCCUGCUGACUCCCGCCUUCCACUUCAACAUCCUGAAGCCCUACAUGAAGAUUUUCAACGACAGCGUGAAUAUCAUGCACGCCAAGUGGAAGCGCCUGGCCUCAGAGGGCAGCACCCGUCUGGACAUGUUUGAGCACAUCAGCCUCAUGACCCUGGACAGUCUGCAGAAAUGUGUCUUCAGUUUUGACAGCAAGUGCCAGGAGAGGCCCAGCGAAUAUAUUGCCGCCAUCUUGGAGCUCAGUGCCCUGGUGACAAAACGGGUCCAUCAGCUCUUCCUGUACAUAGACUUCCUGUACUACCUCACCCCCGAUGGACAGCGCUUCCGCCGGGCCUGCCGCCUGGUGCAUGACUUCACAGACGCCGUCAUCCAGGAGCGGCGCCGCACCCUCCCUGACCAGGGUGUCGAGGACUUCCUGAAGGCCAAGGCUAGGACCAAGACUUUGGACUUCAUCGAUGUGCUCCUGCUGACCAAGGAUGAAGAUGGGAAGGAAUUGUCAGAUGAGGACAUCCGAGCUGAAGCGGACACCUUCAUGUUUGAGGGCCAUGACACCACAGCCAGCGGCCUCUCCUGGGUCCUGUACAACCUCGCAAGGCACCCAGAAUACCAGGAGCGCUGCCGGCAGGAGGUGCAACAACUCCUGGGGGACCGUGAGCCUCAAGAGAUUGAAUGGGACGACCUGGCCCAGCUGCCCUUCCUGACCAUGUGCAUCAAGGAGAGCCUGCGCCUGCACCCCCCGGUCACCGUCAUCUUCCGCUGCUGCACCCAGGACAUCACGCUCCCGGAUGGCCGCGUCAUCCCCAAAGGCGUCACCUGCCUCAUCAGUAUUUUUGGGACCCAUCACAACCCAUCCGUGUGGCCAGACCCCGAGGUCUAUAACCCUUUCCGCUUCGACCCAGAGAACAGCAAGGACAGGUCACCUCUGGCUUUCAUUCCCUUCUCUGCGGGGCCCAGGAACUGCAUCGGGCAGACGUUCGCCAUGGCCGAGAUGAAGGUGGUCCUGGCGCUCACGCUGCUGCGCUUUCGCGUCCUGUGUGACCAGGCGGAGCCGCGCAGGAAGCCCGAGAUCAUCCUGCGCGCAGAGGGCGGCCUCUGGCUGCAGGUGGAGCCGCUGAGCGCAGGCCCACAGUGACCCUGCGCUGUCUGGCCUGGGAGCCACCCAGACCCUACACACCUCCCCUUGCAGGUUCCCAGGAAAAGAACUGUGCUGUCACCUCUGCUUCAGCCUCACUGAGUCUGCAGCU